AUGUACACCGGAAACACCAUGUUGUGGAAGCCACCACCAACCUCUACCUUGACUUCCAUCGCUGUACAGAACAUCUGCGCCAAGGUUCUUGAGCGAAACGGCUACAACCCAGCUGUCUGCUCCUUCGUAUCUGGUGGUGCUGACAUCGGCAAGCUUAUUGCUUCCGAUAAGCGAGUUCCUCUCGUCUCUUUCACUGGUUCGACCGCUGUUGGACGAGAAGUCGGUGUUGAGGUUCAGCGACGAUUUGGCAAGAGCAUCCUCGAACUCGGCGGCAACAAUGCCUUGAUCGUUGCUCCUGACUACACUGAUACUGAUUCCGUCAUCAAGAGCGUUGUAUUCGCUGCUUUCGGCACUCAGGGACAGCGAUGCACUACUCUUCGACGACUUAUGCUUCCAGGAACCAUCUAUGAUGAAAUUCUUGAGCGAAUGAAGAAUGGCGCUGCCAAGCUUCUCACUAAGAUCGGUGAUCCCUUGGACGCCCAGACUUUGUACGGUCCCAUGCACAACCAGGCCGGAGUUGAUCUCUACGUUCGAACUGUUGAGAAAAUCAAGGAAGCUGGCGGAAAGAUCGAGUGCGGUGGAAAGGUCAUGGAUCGACCAGGCUUCUUUGUGGAGCCAACCAUUGUUACUGGUCUCCCACACGACCAUGAGUUGGUUCAAGAAGAGGCUUUCUGCCCGAUCGUCUAUCUUCUCAAGUACGACACUCUUGAGCAGGCUAUGGAAUGGAACAACGAAGUCGAGCAGGGUCUUUCGAGCGCAAUCUUUACCAACGACAUCAAAACUCAGUACUGGUUCACCGGACCGAACGGAUCUGACUGUGGUAUUGCCAAUAUUAAUGCUCCAACCAACGGUGCUGAAAUCGGCGGAGCUUUCGGUGGAAACAAGUCUACUGGAUGGGGCCGAGAGGCCGGAUCCGACUCGUGGAAGCAGUACAUGCGACGAGCUACCUCCUGCGUCAACUACUCCGGAAAGGUCGAGCUCGCCCAAGGUAUCAAGUUCGACGUCUAA